CGCGUUUGUCGGUAGUUGUGUGUUCGGGUUUGUAGUGUCCAUUACGGAUCGUGUGUCAAAAAGUGAAUGCUCCAAAAAUCGUGUCCUGUUGGAUUUUGGUAAUUUUAUCCGUAUAAACUGUGUUAUUUGUGUUGAAAAUUGCUGCACGUUUGUAGAUCUUAGUCAGAGCAAAGUUCCCAUUUCCUCGUCGCAAAAGUUCGAAAGCGAAAGGCAUUGAACACGAACCAAAAUACAACAUGGCGGACCGAAGAUCUGGCGGAUCGAGCCGUAACAAUUUCAACGAUGAGAAAAGUCCCGCCGACAUUCCGCCCAUGUCGCGGUUGUUUAUAAUCUGCAGUAAAACAGUGACCGACGACAUCUUGCGGGAGCACUUUGAAAAAUUUGGCGAAAUCGAGGAAAUCUGGAUUGUCAAGGACAGGCAGUCGGGUGAUGCCAAAGGAGUGGCUUACAUCAAGUUUUCCAAAACAUCGGAAGCCGCCAGGGCACUGGAGGAAAUGAACGGCAAAACCAUUGGCGAUAAUUCCCGGCCGAUUAAGGUGUUGGUGGCAGCCAACAGGCAACAAGGUUCCCGGAAGCAAACCGACAACGAGGAAGAGAAAUACCUACGGUUGUUUGUUUUAAUCCCAAAGGAAAUGAACGAAGAAUCGCUGCGCGAUGAGUUUGGUCAGUAUGGUACAAUCGAUAACAUCACGAUCAUCCGGGACAAGGUGACCAAAGAAGGCAAAGGGUUUGCCUAUGUAAAGUUCAGUCGCUUCACGCAUGCAGCGCGAGCCUUCGAGGAGUGUGAUGCCAAGUACAAGGCGGUGUUUGCUGAACCGAAACCGACACGGAAUGCUUCCGUGUCGUCCAGUGACAACUUUGGAGGAUUUGGCAGUGGAAGUGGAGCUCCGAAUGGGUUUAUGGACGAACGUAGAGGUGGAUCUGGAAUGGGAAGCUCCGGCCCAAUGAUGGGAUUCGGAGCGAUGGGUGCUUCCGGAAGCGAUCGUCGAGGACCUGGCAUGAACAACGAUCGGGGAGCAAAUUUCGGAUUUACCAGCAGCGGAUAUUCGGGCCAGAAUGUGAACCCUAGCGAUACAACGCUUACGGUUCUGUGCAGCCCUUCGUUGAAUCAGGAUCAGCUCUGGAGGCUGUUUGAUAUCAUUCCCGGAUUGGACUAUUGCCAGAUCAACAACGAUUUCAACAAUCGCAACGUAACUGCCACGGUGGUGUACAACAAUGCCCAGUCUGCGAUGUACGCUCGCGACAAGAUUCAUGGCUUGGAAUAUCCACCCGGAGAACGUCUCAUCAUACGUUUAGGUCACGAAACUGCCAGCAUGAUGGCUAACGCAGAUCCAUUCAACGGCGGAGGAGGUAAAAUUUCCGAUCGGGACACUUCGUUCUGUAGUGUGCCCCUGCCGCCCCCACAGCCGAUGGCCAACCCGAACGCCGAAGUCGCCCAGCGAUGCUUCAUCGUGUGCAUUCCCAAGGCGCUCCCCAUCAGCGUCCUGAAGCAAACCUUCUGUCGCUUUGGAGAUCUCAUCGAUUUGUAUCUGCUGCCAAACAAAAACUGCGGUUACGUCAAAUACGCCAGCGAGAAAAGUGCCAAAAAGGCGAUGGAAACCCUGCAUGGUGCCGAAAUAUUGAGCGUUCGGCUGAAGGUUCUGGAAGCGGAAGAGCCAAGCAACGACCGGCGGAAGAGAAUGCGGCACGACGAGCGCAUGGACAAUGAUCUACAUGGUUUAUGGACGUCUAUGGCGUUCAACGACACGCAUCCGCCGAAGAAAUUAAGAGCCCCAAAAACUGCAUGGAACUACGUGUGAGCUGAGGCAUUCUACCAGAAGGAUAAGAACUAUUUUACCACUUAAACGUUAGUGACGAACGAACAAACCCUACUACAAACAGUACUCCUACUACAUUCAAUACAAGUACCUAGCCCCCACCAGAUCGUUUCUGAACAACUAUCAAAAUGAAGACCGUUUGGACUGUGCAAAACAACGUACAAUCACAAGAACAACAAAAAAAAAUCACGACUUUGCUUCAAACUGCAUCGAUCGAAACCGAGAAAAAAGAACGUAAGGGAACGCUUUUACGGACCUGUCUGGACGUCAAAUUCAAACUGCACGCAACAACUGUAGAAACCAAACGAAGAAUGAAGCAAUGCACGUCGCCCGAUGACCUCCAGACUUUCAAGUUACAACACUUUCCGGGACGAAAUAUUAACAAAAGUAAAAAUCCAAGGGAAAACCUACACUUUCCCGACGAGACUGGAAGAUGGUACAAAAAAGAACGAGAGAACUGAUCAUUACCUACUUGAAGUUCGAGAACGUGAAAAGACGACCAACGGGACUGGCACAACUGAAACCGUUCAGAACACUUACAGAGAAUUACGCUAAACAACGUAUGCACCCCCAGCAACAAGGUGCCGCAUUUUCUGUUACUUUCUUACGUUUUCACCAUAUACGGCAGUGAUUACUUGACUUUGCCGAGUUUUUCCAUAUUCUUAUCCAUUAGUCUUUGAUUGUGUUUGUUUCGUUUCAAAAUCUUCUAGAUGUUAUGUUAAUGUUUAUCACCUUAAGAAACUCAUUCGACACCUUUUAACUUUAACUAAUUUGUUCAAAAUUACACAAUUCGAAUAUUAUUAAUAAGAUGCACUAAUUUGUUUUCAAAUUGUAUGAUAUUUGUAGUCAUAUUUUAAAGCUUUUUGGAUCACAAAAACGAUGAGAUUAUGCAACACAUUUUUUUAAUUACAAAGGCGAAGACAUUUUAGACCCUAUGAACUGAACCGAUGGAUAACUUACCUAAGCAGAUAAUCUACCUACUAAAUACUAUUCGACGUUAUCGCUCACACAUACUACCAAAAGAUAACAUUCACAUUCUUCAUGAACCACAAACGAACAUCAUUCGUGACUUUUUUCUUUACUACAUAUAUUAGAUUGUAGCAACCAAACAGAGAGUACAUUUUAACUUUGCAAACUAUGUUUUUAUUUAUUCCCAAGCUAAAAGAGGUAACUGAUUUUAUAUACCGAGAUUGGAACAAACAAAGAUUUCUUUUAUUUUUGUACAGUUUUUAUUGCUAAAGAUCAUAUUUUUACGGUAUGGUUAGAAAUAUUCUUAAAAAUUUUAAUUACCAUUUUGAUAAGCCUUGAGAGUUAGAACAAUCCUUAGCUGCUAAGUGCUGAAUAAUUCUCACUGAAACCUAGCCGCCAUUUACAUGUAGUCUUCGGUUUGCGAUAUAUAAUGCUCAAACAUUCGAAUGUGACAAGAGAGUAUGGAAACCAUUUUGUCUGUCAUCCGAUGGAUCUUUUGCUUGCCAUUUCAUCUCAUGAUACUUAUCUCGCAAAUGUUUCUUACAACACGCUUCAAAUCACGCUGUUCGAAUUCGAUGGGCUAAUUAUUUGAGAACUACUCAAUAGAAAACUAAUAUUGUUGAUGAAUUCAUCCAUAUAUGAUUCAUCAACAAUUCGAGAUAACUAUUGUUCUACAUUCGACAGAACGACACAUUUGUCCUCUUUACGGCUUUGUGAUAUAAACUUUGUCUAACUGUUCAUUGUUUUGAGCACACAUUAAUGAUUAUACACAUUUGAAGAUAAAUGUCGGCCUGGUUACAACGAGAAUUAAUCUUUUUCGUAUCACAAUCAUUGUAAUCCAUCCUCUUCCCCCUCCUAUUACCAAAAAAAAAACAUCUAUCAAUCAUUACUUUUACAACAGUCCUUCUAUCGUCGAUACCGCCAAUUUUUACAUAUUAACCGGAUCAAAUCCGCUACGUAACAUUCUCUUGCUGUAAACCGCGCCGUUUGUAGCUUCUCGCUUUUGUUCGACAACUCUUACUUGUCCAUCAAAUAUGCCUCCCUUCCGCGACAAACGGGACGCUCGUUCCCCAAAAAGUGGUCCAAUUGAGUAAUACAAACGUAAUGGAACAAAAUCUAGAGGUUUAUAACCGAACACAUAUUCAUAUUUAGGAGUAAGAUUGGUGAUGCCAAUACAAUCAUCGUGUUUCAUUCAUUUGACAACAACAACAACAGAGUAUAUGUGGUGAUUGUUUGGCGUCGUUCCAACGGAACGCGCUGGACAUUACAACUCUACUGUAUCAUAAUCAAAUAGCAGUAUAUUAUAGAUUCUUCUUCCCUGGGUAUUUUCUAUGAUUUUGAACUGUGCAAAAGGUGUAUUUCAAUAUAGCUACACAUUACAUAUACCUACUAUUAUUACUUUUAUCGCUUAGUAUGAGUGUAACAACGGACAGCAGCAACAUUUCAGAAUCAAUAAAGGAAAUACCAACCGUUUUUAAUAA